AUGGUCGACUUUUCGGUUCCAUUUUGGCUCAUCUACUAUCUUCAUGGAAUCGGCACAAUUUCCCUGCUCUUCGACGCUUUCUCUGUGUAUUUGGUGAUGUUCAAAAGCAGCCAGAUUGAUAAUUUUCGGUUUUUCCUGCUCAAUUUUCAGAUUGCCUGCUCCGUUACAGAUUUUCAUAUCACUUUCCUCAUGCAACCGGUGCCCCUGUACCCUUUAAUGGGUGGGUAUGCCCUUGGAUUUCUGCCAAUAAAAUUUGGAGUUUCAUUACAUUCUUGCUUGACAGCUGUAGUGUUCCUAUACAUCUACCAAGUCGCUAGCAUGAUAGUUUGUUUCGUUCGGAAAAAUCAAUCAAUUGCCGGGACACUGACAUCAUUCGCUAUUCCGGCUCCACUGAUCAUAUUUCUAGUAGGGUUUCUGGCAGUCUACACGUUUUCAGUAGUUGGAAUGUAUUUUUGCUCGGGUAUUACAGAGAAUGAGAAGAUUAAAUUUGUUGAAGAGAACCUUCCCGAGUACCUAUCAUCUUUCCAAUCCCUCCCGAACUUCUCCAUUUACCAAGCCAACGCCCUUCUCUUUAUCAUGGUGAUUACUGCUGUCACGGGCGGCCUACUAGCCUUUUCGUUCUUCAUGGCAGUUUUAUAUAACAUUUUUCGAAUGUUAAGUUUCAUGAAAGUUCAAAUGUCUGACACCACUUAUAAGAGACAUCGAGCCGCCGUAUGGAGCUUAAUUGCACAAUUCGCCACGUCGAUAAUUUGCUUUUUACCACCAAUUUCUCUGGUUUUCGUAGUGUUUUUGAAGCUACCUAAUCCUCAGGUAAUCGUAGAGCUUCUCCUUGUAGUCGCCUGCCUCCACUCGCCCGCCAACGUGACAGUCCUGAUGUUCACGUUCCCGCCAUACCGGAAGUUUGUUUGUGUGACUAUUUUCAGGCAAAAACCAACAGGCUUGGAGCCGAUAUCUGCAAAGUCUUCAGUGAUGGUUUCCCACUUGGCAAAAUGA